GUGAUAUAAACAGUGCUAUCUCUUAUACUUGUAAUAGUUUUAUUUCUCAUAUAUUUUUAGUGGAAUAAUAUAUAAAAACGUAAAAAAAUUAUAGUAUGGCCGACAAAAUACUGCGUCAGAAUCAAGUAGUUGUUCCAUUCAACAUAAAACAAAAAAUUUUAAAAGGAGAAAAAACUUGGAAUCCAUACAAUAAAGCACAUAGAGAGUAUAAAGGAAAUAUUGGAAAUAUAAUUUUGGAUAUGUUUGAAUCUAAUCCGAAUUUUAUUGGCCAGGAAGAUGCGGAAACAGGAAUACAAAAUACAUUCCAGCAGAUGAAAGAGAGAAGUUUGAAAUGUGCAUUAGAGAUGAAAAAGUUAAAGAUUCGACGUAAUGAUGUAAUAAUGAUAUGCUCACAUAAUCAAUUAGAUGCUUGCAUUCCAUUUCUAGCGUCCCUGUAUCUCGGAGCUGUUGUAAAUCCAUUGGAUGAGCAUUUUUUCAAAGGAAAUUCAGUUUAUUAUUUAGAGCAAAGCAAGCCAAAAAUGAUCUUUAUAGAUGAAAAGUAUUCGACAAUUAUUCAUUCUAUAUAUGAAACAAGUCAUAAAAAUUUACCACAAAUAAUAUUUUUCAAUGCUGACCAAGAUAGUAGUUUAAGUCUUAAAUCAAUUAUAAAUAAAAGUUAUGAUCCGUCGGAAAUUGAAAAUUUUCGUUGCUCUAUGGUAGAAACGAAGGAAACUGCAAUGAAAUUAUUUACACCGGGUACAACUGCUCUUCCCAAAAAUGUAGAUAUUCCUUGUUCAGCUUUCAUGGGUUUGGAUCAGUACGAACUCGAUUGGCAUCUAAAUGAUGUCGCUUUAUGGUUCGAUUCUUUAGGUUUUAUCAACGGCGCAUUCAUGACUAUUCAGGCUAUUCUUUUGAACGUAAAAGUAAUUAAGAUUAAGUCGAAUUUCGAUACAAAAACGUUAUGUCAACUAAUAGAAUUGUACAAGGUGACUUGGAUGUUUCUUGAAACUAGUAUGUGCAUCCAAUUAAUUAAAUCUAACAAUCUUACGAAAUAUGAUGUUUCCUCUUUGAGAACAAUCGUAUAUAGCGGUUCGACGCUCAAUUCAAAGUUUAUUGAUGAAGACCUUAAACUAUUAUUACCAAAAACUAUAAUUAUUCAAGCUUACAGCCUAACUGAAACAGGCAUUAUCGCUUGUCAGCGCCAAAAUAGACUUAUAGAUAAUGGAUCUAACGGUAAUGUGAAUAAAAAUGUUCGAUUAAAAAUUGUUUCUUUAAAAAACGGGAAAUCAUUGGGUCCAUAUGAAGAAGGUGAAAUCUAUUGCCAAUCUCCGUUCAUGAUGAUACGUCAGAAUAAUGAACCUAUAACAUGCGACGGGAAAAAUUCAAACUGGUUUAGAACCGGAGAUAUGGGGUAUUACGAUUCAAAUAACGAAAUUUACAUUACUGACCGAAUUAAUCAAAUGUUUGACAAAACACAUACAAUUUCACCGGCAUACAUUGAAUCUUUUCUACAAGAUUGUUUAGGAGUGUCUGAGGCCGUUAUAAUCCCUGUGCCAUGCAAUCCUAAUCAUGCAAUAGCAUUUGUUACUCCGACAAAAAAGAUAACAGAAAAGAAGCUAAAACAGUCGAUUGUAAACGAUUUGAGAGAUAAGUUUAAACUUUGCGCGGAUGUGAUAUUCCUUAGCCAAUUCCCACGCAUUCCUAACGGAAAAAUACACCGUAAGUUACUUCAUGAUUGGGCCCAAACUAAUAUAUGUGCAUAAAGGUAUAGAAGAAAGAUUAAUAAAUAGUACGAAUGAGAUUACUCCACAUUAGCGCAUGCACACACAAAAACAAUAUAAAUAUAUACAACAUUAAUAACAGAAAUAUUUAAGUAAUUUUAAAUAUAUAAGAAGUACACACACAACAUACAAGUUGACUUGUAAUGAUUUUUACAUUAUGAUUAUCACAUUGUUUUAAUUUUACAUUAUGUGUUAUUUCCGAAAUGUACUAUCAUAUUA